AUGCCACCGGCGCCAGAGACACAGGCGCCGACUGGAAGAGCCGGCGACGAACAGCCGGUCAUGGAGAGGGGAGGGGGCGACGCCGUCAUCUUGGGGGCGGAAGUGCCUCCUCGCGCGCCGACUGCUGACGCGCUGAGCAGUCGGCUUGAACUGCCACCGGCGCCACCAGCUGGCAAUGAGUUGGUGGUGGGCUCGACUCCGGUGGUCCGCCCUCCGGGACGCCGUCAUUCGGAGAAGGCAGCAUCAGCGCCAAGGCUGCUGGACUUCAGGGCCGCAAGCUCUUCAGCCCUUGACGCCGAGGCCAGCAGCGCCGCCCCACCAGAGUGGACUCCUGGGGGCAGGACAAGCAUGCUGAACCGGGCAGCACAAGACGUCCAGGCCCAGCUCCAAGCCCAAGGCACCGCCCUUCAACAGUACACGAAGGCGUUCUUGGCGACGCGAACGGCUGUCCGGCAGCACCUGGGCGAAGCCCAAACCGCGUUGCGUGCCAAGGAGGAGGAGUGCAGCAAGGCAGCACAGGAGCGCGACCGCCUGGCCAAGAAGUUGGCGAACCAGGCGGACCAGCACAAGGCAUUGCUCUAG